AUGAUGAAGAAUAAGCAGAUCAAAAACCGAAUAUAUGUGUCCAGUAUUACUGAGGAUGGUGGAAAUAGCAUAAGAUUGGAUGGGGAAGAAAUAGAGAGAGUACAGAACUUCAAGUACUUGGGGUCUAUAUUUGAGGAUAGUGGAAGCAUGAACCAAGAGGUGAGACACCGAAUUCAGGCAGGAUGGAAUAACAGGAGGUCUGCAUCAGGGGUCCUCUGUGACAAGAAGGUCCCUCUGAAAUUAAAGGGAAAGUUUCACAGGACGGUAUUCAGACCAGCAAUGUUACAUGGAACAUUAACAGCAAGUAUGAGGAAAACAGAGAAGAAGAUGGAUGUAGCAGAAAUGAGAAUGUUGAGAUGGAUGUCGGGAGUGAGGGAAGAUAGGACUAGAAAUUAG